AUGGGGAGGGCUGCGCCGUCGCGGGGUGGAACACUGGGCCCCGAGGUAGCGUUGUUCACCCUCACGCUCGUCAACACGCCGUCCCUCGACUUUGUUGACGACGCCACGUACCCUAUGACAACGCCGGCGAGUGAACGGCGCGGAUGGGGAACUCGCGGCCUCGUGCAAGAUUGUCCCGAGGAGCAUGUUGAAGCCCUGCGCCCCUCGUCGCCUACCACAUGUCGCCCGCCCUAUUUUGUGGUGCGCCUCCGCCAGUGCAGUGUUCAUUCUUUGUCGGUCAUCGCCCGCGGCCCCUAUGUCCAUGCUGUUCUGAACUCUGAUCAUCUAUGGAUAGAUUUUAGAAUAGAACUUUUUCCUGAUGUCAGCAGCUACUGUUCUUGGGCGCCGUAUCAGGAGGUCGAGGUUGAUGAGCAAGGAGUCGAGACCGGAGAACGCUUCUUCGAAGACAUGCCGUCAGCGGAAUGGUGGUGGGAGAUCCAGCAACACCUCCCAGAGAAGGCUACUGUCGCCCCUGUCAUUUUGGCGUCCGACAAGACGCAGCUAACACCCUUCAGCGGGGAUAAACAAGCGUGGCCAGUCUACCUCACCAUCGGCAAUAUCGACCAGUCGGUUCGUCGAUCACCUUCGAAGCGGGCAAUGGUACUGCUCGGCUACCUGCCGGCAACCAAGCUACAGUGCUUCCCAAAGGCACAGCGUUCCCUGGAGGGUUAUCGCCUCUUCCACUACGCAAUGAGCUUGAUGCUCGACCCGCUGAUCGUGGCCGGGACCCGCGGCGAGAAGAUGCCUUGCUCGGAUGGCUGGGUCCGCGAGAUCUACCCCAUUCUCGCAGGGUACAUGGCCGACUACCCUGAACAAUGCCUUGUAGCGUGCUGUAAGGAGAAUCGAUGCCCUACCUGUCUCGUCAUGCCGAACGACCGGGGCGAGCUGGUCACUACGUGCUAUCGCGAUCCAGUGUCAACACUCGCGGCCCUUCAAAACCCUUCAAACGACCGGGAUUCCCCUUACAUGCAGCAGGGGCUUCGCAACGUCCCAGAACCCUUCUGGGCGAAGCUCCCUCAUGCGAAUAUCUUCGGUUGUAUCACGCCGGACAUGCUCCAUCAGUUGCAUAAGGGUGUGUUCAAGGACCACUUCUUCAAAUGGUCGACGACAGGUGUCGAGUCGGAGAUCGAUGCUCGUUUCAUGCGCUAUCCGCCGUACAACAAUCUGCGUGUAUUCAUCAAAGAGCUCUCGGCCAUUUCGCAAUGGACAGGGAACGAGUACCGUCAAAUGGAGAAGACGUUCGUUGGAAUCCUUGCUGGAUGUCCCCAAGUCCCACGCCGUGUCGUUGCUGCCAUCCGAUCCCUCAUGGACUUCAUAUACCUCGCCCACUAUCCCAUCCAUUCGACUUCUUCGCUCAGGAACAUGCGCCGCGCACUUGAAGACCUGCAUCGACACAAGCAAGUCUUUGUGGAGCUUGGAUUACGAAUGGAUUUCAACAUACCUAAGGUCCACUGGCUCGAACACUAUGUCGUGAGCAUCAUCCGCGUCGGUUCAUGUGCCGGAUUCAGCACCGACAUUUCUGAACGUCUGCACAUCGAGUUUGCAAAGCUCGGUUAUCGUGCAAGCAGCCACAAACAACGCGAAAAAAUGCGACGGCUCCAGUCGUACAUGCGGUGGGUCGAGCGCAAGACCGAGGAGCAAAUCGUGGCAGAGAUGAUUCAGGCUGCAGAGGGCGAUCAUGAUGCCGCCAAUCCAGACGACUCAGACGCAGAUGUUGACUCAUCUGAGUCGGAUGGGACAGCGGGCUCGGAUGACGAGGCAGGCGAGACGGAAGAAGCGAUGGAUCUUGUCGAGGAUACCUUGGUUGUUCGCCGGCGUGUUGGGGUCGAGGACGUGCAGGCUGAGAGCUGGCAGUCAUUUGCGGAAGUCCCUGAGCAGGACACACAGGGCAUUGAUGAACAGGAAGUCAAUGAAGAGAACACGCCGUUCGGGGCAUAUAGAAUCAGCAGGCUCCCAGGUGUAGGCGUCUUCUCGGGGCGUGACAUUGUACGCGCACUAGGCGCUGAGUCAUUCGAGGACGCAUUAUUGGCCUUCCUACGCAGACAACCCCUCUAUUCUCCAACCACGCCGCUGCAUCUACUCGACUAUCACUACCCGCUGUACAAGGAGUUUACUCGCACCCUCCCUUCUCUCCGUGAAAUCAAGAACGAUGAUUUCCGCGACCGUGUUCGGGCAAUUCCGCGGACAGCGCAGCUUCCUGCACGGUAUGACACCGUAUUGUACCUCGAGGAUGCAGACAUAGCAGCAAACAUCGGCGUGAAAGGCUACCGUAUUGGCCAGGUUCGAGCGAUCUUCGCUCUGCCACCUCAUCUUCAGCGGAUGCGGCUUAAUGCAACCCGUGCUGAUACCCACCUCGCAUAUGUCGAGCUUUUCACUCCAUUCCUCGACGAGCCAGAACGAUGGAGCAAGCUUUAUCAGGUCUCACGCAAAUCUUUCGGAGCUGCCAUCUGCUACCGGAUCCCAAGGCGGAGGUGA